AUCCAGCCAGUGACAGGAAGUCAUUCGGUGGUUUUCUGGUGGAGGUGUAGCAACCUCGCCCAAAUGGCACCCUGGUUUGCAGCAGCGAUGCGCUGCGAUCUGUGCAGUGAUCCAGUGAUCUCUGGAUGCGGAUCCAACGCUUAAAAUUGCAGUGACAGGCCGUCUCCAAGUUCGAACUGAGUCGAGCUGGUUACAAACUGACUCAACUAUGCUAAACUCAGAUUCUCUAAGAUUAUCUAAUGAGUUGUCCCAUGAACAUGUCAACUUCACUUGAGCAACUUGACCAUUUGAUUUUGCUGUUUCCACAUUUUUCACUGGGAUGGCGCUUCGCUCAAGCGCCAAGAUUGGCAGCUUCGAUGUCAGUUCCUUCCCUGUGGCGGCGAUGAUUCUUCGCCACAGGUGGUCCUUCUUUCUGCUUCUUCUGCCUGGAGAUGCGACCGUCAUCUCAGAGGUGAAGUCAACUGGUGAGGUGUUGCUCCGUGCCGAGAAGAGUAUGGUUGAACAGCCCAUUUCAGCUUGCACCGGGCAGUUGGCAGGAAACUGCGAGAACUUCUUAGCAGAUGAGACUGCCUGCAUCUCAUCUUAUGCCUAUUGCGGAACAAAAGUGUGUAUCCAAUGUGCAUAUAUCAACGGUGAGUGCAAGCCUGCCAACCAAGGAAGUACCUGCUACAAGCCAUGAAGACUUGGGAGAAAAAGGAGGAAAA